CCUCACUUAAGAUACCGCCCCUAACCAUUGCUUCCCUUCUUAUAGUUGUAUCCUGAGAUCUGAUCGUGAUCGAUCAUCCUCCCCUCAUAACCACUUUGAGGAAGCGAAAACCGCCUUCCCGGAUAUGGAUGGAUGCGCCAAGCCUCCAUACCCAAUUCAUCCAGCGCCCCGCAAUGACAGCCUCCACACUUCAUCACAUUGAUCUGCACCAACACCAAUCUUGUCUCACUAACUUCAUUCCGACAGUGACUACUACUAGACGCACCCCUUUCAGUACCAACAGUAUCCAUUACCAACUCUAAGGAAUUUGCCCAUUGAACGAUGACAUCUGGCUGCGCCUCACUUCGCGCAACAAUCGAGGACCCUCUCUUCAAUGCUUCCGAUAUGCUAAGAGAGCGAUGGGAGGACAGCCCAAAGGAUGACAGAAGGAGAUUGGAAUUGUGCUGGGGUUAUCAGGAUUGUGGGGAUUGUCAUCGGAGUAACGGAUCCUGUGGUUGGUGCGCAAUUUCAAGUACCUGCCUUCCUCUUCCUCUCGAUCCACUGUCUUUGGCGUUCCCGCUCUUAUCUCCACUGCGCUACAAAUUCAUCUGCGCCCUUGGCCCCGAGCGCUUCGAGCUUCGUACGAGCGGUCUCGGUUGUCAAGUCUCUACCAUCACCUUUCUAACCUCCAUCGUCACCAUCUUCUGCACCAUUGCAGGAUUUAUCAUACUCUAUGGACUCAUUAAGGUCAUAGAGUGGGUUCGCAAUGCCUGGAAAGCUGGGAAAGGAGGCUGGAUCGUUUAUGCGGAUGGAUCCGGCGAGGUCUGGUUCAGGCGGAAAGAGAGCUGGGGGCGGUGGUGGCGGAGGACGAGGAGAAGAUCCAGGGAGGAAGAAGAGUUGGUUGUCGGUGAGGGAACUGGCGAGCGGUUGAGGUGGUUUUGGUGGGUGUGGAGAAAGGAAAGGAGGGCUGCUGAACCCGAGGCCGAAGAGAGAACGGCUCUGCUGGGUUGAGCAGACACCGCUACUCCAUGUUGCGUGGGUAAUUUGACGCACUAGCACUGCCUAGGUGUCUGGUUGGUUCCUUGAGGUCAGCGUCGACAAAUCUUUG